UUCCUUUUGGUAUUGUUUCCAUUUUGGAUUCGAACGUUUUGCGAAUCGGCAAUCUGAGGAAUCUUCAGAAAUUGCAAUACGUAAUGGAAAAAUAAUUUUGGUUUUUAAAAGUGUUAUUUGCCCAAAGGAUCCAGAAUUAAUUGGUGCUGAAGUUGCAAUACAUGGCGAUUUUGUUAAAGACAUUGUAAAUAUUAAUUCCCCCUGCAAGACCUCUUCAAAUCUGCUGAUAUCCUGCCAAAUCCACAAAUAUCCCCUUUAUCCUUCCAAAUCCCCCAGUAUCCCAUUUAAUCCCCCUUGAUCCCCACGAUUUAACUUGUAAAGAAAUAAAAAGUAAAAAAUGAGUUAUUCAGUUGAUAAUUUGGAUUUUAUUUUGGAAUGUUUAUCAAACAAUAAUUAUCAAAUAUUACAACCAAAAACAUUUUUUAAUGAUUCUGAUGGUUCUUUAUGGAUUGCAAGAAUUGCAGGCUCUGGUGGUUCAAUUGUCCACACUUUAAUACAAAAUAUUGAUUAUAACGGCCCUUUCCUUCCAGGAUUUAAAUUCUUACAAAAUUUCGAUUUUUGUUCGAAACUAUCGCCAAUUAAAUUUGACGGUAUUGACCAUGUUGUGGAAGCACAUCCAGAAGAUUUUUUAGAUAAAGUUGUUAGUUGGUAUGAGGAAAUACUUAAAAUGCGUAGAUUUUGGUCUAUUGAUGAUAAAAUAGUUAAGGCAGAAUUUAGUGCUUUACGUGCAAUUUUAAUAAAAAAUGAAAAUGUUGGAGAGGAAGAAAAAAAUAAAAAUUUAGUUCAAAUAGCCCUUGUUUCCCCAGUAAAUGUUAAUGGAAUAAAAAGAAGAGGGCAAGUUAAGGAAUUUCUUGAUUUUCAUGGCCAGCCAGGCAUUCAACAUAUCGCUUUUCACACAAAUAAUAUAAUUAAACAAGUAGAGGAAUUACAAAAAAGGGGAUUAGAAUUUCUUAAAAUUCCCUCUUGUUAUUAUGAUUUACUUGAAGAACGUUUAAAUAAAAAUUUAAAAAUUAAAGAAGAUUUAAAUAAAAUAAGAGAAUUGGGUAUUUUAAUGGAUUUUGAUGAAAAUGGUUAUUUAUUACAAAUAUUUACUAAACCUGUUCAGGAUAGAGCAACACUUUUCUUUGAAAUAAUACAAAGAAAUAAUUUUAAUGCAUUAUUUGCUGCUGUUGAAAUGGAACAAAAACAAAGGGAAGCAAAUUUGGUAAAAUUUGAAGGAAAAUAAAACUUUAAUUAAUUUAAAAAGGACUUUAAAAUUUAAUUCUUUUUUUUUUUUAAAUUUAAUCUUUCUUUUUAAUUUCUUUUUAAUUUCUAAAAAAUCUUUUUGAUAAAUCUUCUCUUCCCUUUAUUUAUCUCCUAAUUAUUAUGCCAAUUCUUUUUCUUCCUCUAAAUAUUUUUGUGUUUUUUGUUUGUUUUAUUAUUUAUUAUAAUAUCCUCCGCUACCUCCUCCCCCCUCCUAUUUUGGCUCAAUUUCUUCAAAGCUUUUUUUAUUUUUUUCCUGCCAUUCUCGUCUAUGUAUAUAUUUAUAUUUCUUUUAAAAAUGCCUUUAUAUUUUUGCUUUAUUCUGGUCUUUUAAAUAUUUUUUGUUCAUCGAUUUUAUUGAUAAAAUUUAAAUUAAAA